UAAUUUACUUAUUCAAACCAUUCCCCUCCCACCUAAAUUUUCAUAUAAAUACCCAAACACCCUCCUCAUAUUCCUCAAUCAAAAUACUAAGCUUACCAAACCUAACAGAAGAAAAUUUAGCUACCAUUAUCUCUUCCUCUUAAAAAUUUAUUCUAUUUGCAAAAUAUCAAGCUAUUCAACCAUGGUACUUUCGCAUGCAGUCUCGAAUGGAGAUGCUUAUAUUCAGUCUGCCUUUGCCUCACGACAUCUCCAAGCUCCACUACCAAGGUUCAAUAUGCCUGAAAAUUCGAUACCAAAGGAGGCGGCGUACCAAAUAAUAAACGAUGAGCUGAUGCUAGACGGGAAUCCAAGGCUGAAUCUAGCGUCAUUUGUAACGACAUGGAUGGAACCAGAGUGUGAUAAACUAAUGAUGGAUGCCAUUAACAAGAACUAUGUUGACAUGGAUGAGUAUCCUGUCACAACUGAGCUUCAGAAUAGGUGUGUGAACAUGAUAGCAAGGCUGUUCAACGCUCCACUUGAGGAUUCAGAGGCAGCUGUCGGAGUUGGAACAGUAGGCUCGUCUGAGGCCAUAAUGCUAGCCGGGCUUGCCUUCAAGAGGCGGUGGCAGAACAAGCGCAAGGCUCAAGGUUUACCUUAUGACAAGCCCAACAUUGUCACUGGCGCCAACGUUCAGGUGUGCUGGGAAAAAUUUGCUAGGUACUUUGAAGUAGAACUGAAAGAAGUGAAGCUAAGUGAAGGAUAUUAUGUGAUGGACCCUGUAAAGGCUGUGGAAAUGGUGGAUGAGAACACCAUAUGUGUCGCCGCCAUUCUUGGCUCUACUCUCAAUGGAGAGUUUGAAGAUGUUAAGCUAUUGAAUGAUCUUUUGCUAGAAAAGAACAAGAAAACUGGGUGGGAUACUCCGAUACAUGUGGAUGCAGCGAGUGGUGGAUUUAUUGCACCCUUCCUCUACCCAGAGCUAGAAUGGGACUUCAGGCUUCCCCUGGUGAAGAGCAUAAAUGUAAGUGGUCAUAAAUAUGGCCUUGUUUACGCUGGCAUCGGAUGGGCUAUCUGGAGGAGCAAGGAAGACUUGCCUGAAGAGCUCAUCUUCCAUAUCAAUUACCUGGGAGCAGACCAGCCUACGUUCACUCUCAACUUCUCCAAAGGAUCAAGUCAAGUCAUUGCUCAAUAUUAUCAGCUAAUCCGCCUUGGCUUUGAAGGGUAUCAAAAUGUGAUGAAGAACUGCCAAGAAAAUGCAAUGGUUUUAAAGGCUGGCCUAGAAAAGACGGGGCGAUUCACCAUUGCAUCUAAAGACAAUGGUGUCCCUCUAGUGGCCUUCUCUCUUAAGGACAACACCCUCCAUAACGAGUUUGAGGUUUCAGAGAUGCUAAGGAGAUUUGGGUGGAUAGUUCCAGCAUACACCAUGCCAGCUGAUGCACAGCAUGUGACAGUGCUCCGUGUUGUAGUUCGGGAAGAUUUCUCCCGAACUCUCGCUGAGCGGCUUGUGCUCGACAUCACAAAGGUGCUCAACCAGCUUGAUCACCUCCCUUCCAAGAAUAGUCAAGGUCAAAGCCAUCAUGAUAUGGGGAAGAAUGGAAUUAUCAAAGUGCCUAAGAAAAGUGCACUUGAGACACAAAGGGAGAUCACUGAUGUAUGGAAGAAGUUUGUCAUGGCCAGGAAAUCCAGCAAAGUCUGCUAGAUAUUUUGUUUUUCUGUUUCCAGAGAAUAGAAUUCAAGUCUUUGUUUUUUAGUUUUUUUAUUACUACAAUAAUUUUUUUACGGAAAUGUACCAGAUAAGGGGUAUUAAUAUUAAUUUGACUUAAUUUCCUUUCUCUGUAA